UAUAAGCACUUUCCCGCCGCCCACACUGUCUGUCCACUCGUCCACACCACGCUACAUCUCUCUCUCCAUAGAAAGACACGACUCUUGUUGAGCAUUGCACAACCCUAGUGUUGGAGUGUGUUCGUCUUCGAUUCACAAAUAUGAAGCGUCGGUCUCGUCGCUCUGGGCCAUCGAUGAAAGGAAAAAACCGAUGUUAUAAAGAGAGCACUGAUGAAGAUGAUGAUAAUGUGACAAAUUUGGAUUCUGAUUACAGCGCUAUGAGUGAUGAAGGUCAACAUAGAGAUGUUUGGGACUUGAGUUCUGUACCAAAGGAUUUGGCUGGAACUAGUGAUUUAGAAUUUACUGCAAGUGAUUCUGAAAUUGUGUAUAAGGUGCCAAAAAGGCGGAAAGUGGGGCGCAAAAAGAAAAGAGGGCAUCCAAGUCGCAAGAGAGUGGAAUUGGGAGUGGAAGAGGAAGAGGGGGUGGAUGGAAGCAGUGGUGAAGAACACGAAGGUCAUGAUCUGGAGAUUGAUUUUCUUGAAUCGGAAAAUGAGGUAAAUGGGAAGAGAAGGAAAAGGAAUAGGGAGGCAAGGCCAACCUUGAUGUGGGAAGUUUGGGAAGAAGAACAAGAGAGAUGGGUGGAAGAAAAUAUGAUGAAUAAUGUCGAUUUAGAUAACCAGAAUGAAUUGGCUGUUGAAACUGCCGAUGCUCCUUCAGAUCUGAUUAUGCCUCUGCUGAGGUAUCAAAACGAAUGGUUGGCUUGGGCUUUGAAACAAGAAGAGUCUGCCACAAGAGGAGGGAUACUUGCUGAUGAGAUGGGUAUGGGGAAGACUAUUCAAGCAAUUGCCCUUGUCCUUGCUAAACGAGAAUUCAGACGAGCAGUUUGUGAACCCAAUGGACUUUCACCUUCACCCUGCUCAUCCACAGGAUUGCCUGAAAUUAAAGGUACCCUCGUUAUUUGUCCCUUGGUUGCUGUAAUUCAGUGGGUAAGUGAGAUUGAGAAGUUCACCUCAAAAGGAAGCAACAAAGUACUGAUUUAUCAUGGGGCUAAAUACCAUUGCCCAAGGCAGUUCACUGAAUAUGAUUUUGUCAUAACUACAUACUCCAUUGUUGAGUCAGAAUACAGAAAAAAUGUGAUGCCUCCCAAAGAGAAGUGCCAGUGGUGUGGGAAGUUAUUUUAUGAUCGUAGGAUGUCUAUUCACUUGAAAUAUUUUUGUGGGCCUGAUGCUGUUAAAACUGCUAAGCAGUCAAAACAAAAGAGGAAGGGUGUGAAACUUUCACUGAAAUCGUCAAAGCACAAAUCAGCAUCUGCUGAAGGUGAGGCUAGUGGAUCUAAGAGUGACAAAAAAAAGGGUGCCUGCAAGAAAACUUUGAAGCGGGGCAACAAAGAAAAAGAAUUGGGAAUUGGUUCUUCCAAGGACGAUGCAGCAGGUGUUGAGGAAAGUUUGCUCAGAAAGAAUUCUAUCUUGCACUCUCUGAAAUGGGACCGCAUUAUUUUGGAUGAGGCUCAUUAUAUAAAAGAUAGACGCUGUAAUACUACAAGAGCUGUCCUUGCUUUAGAAUCUUCAUACAAAUGGGCUUUAAGUGGCACUCCUCUUCAGAACCGUGUUGGAGAGCUUUAUUCACUGGUCCGCUUCCUACAGAUAAAUCCUUACUCUCAUUACUUCUGUAAGGAUUGUGAUUGCAGGACACUUGAUUACAGUUCUUCAACUCAGUGUCCAAACUGCCCUCAUAAAUCUGUGAGGCACUUUUGCUGGUGGAACAAGUAUAUUGCUACACCAAUACAACUUCACGGGAAUAUUGGCAAUGGUAGAAAAGCUAUGGUAUUGCUAAAGCACAAAAUUUUGAGGAGCAUAUUGCUAAGACGCACUAAAAAGGGCAGGGCAGCAGAUCUUGCACUUCCUCCAAGAAUUGUUACAUUGAGACGGGACACUCUGGAUAUCAGAGAAGAAGACUAUUACACAUCAUUAUAUAAUGACAGUCAAUCACAAUUUAAUACAUAUGUUGAGGCGGGAACUGUGCUGAAUAACUAUGCUCACAUAUUUGACCUCCUCACACGAUUGCGGCAGGCAGUUGAUCACCCUUACCUUGUGGUAUAUUCUAGUACUGCUGCUGCAAGAAGUGGAACUGUGGCGGAUGGUGUUGGUGGUGAACAAAUAUGUGGCUUAUGCCAUGACCCAGCAGAAGAUCCUGUGGUUACAUCAUGUGCACACAUCUUCUGUAAGUCUUGUUUGAUCGAUUUUUCUGCUAGUAUGGGACAAGUCUCGUGCCCUUCAUGUUCAAAACCACUUACUGUUGACUUCAGUACAACCGUGGAUAGCGGAGAUUCAAAUACUAAAACAACCAUUAAAGGGUUUAGAUCAUCAAGUAUUCUAAACAGGAUCCGGCUUGAUGAGUUCCAGACAAGUACAAAAAUUGAUGCUUUGAGGGAAGAAAUCAGAUUCAUGGUUGAAAGGGAUGGUUCUGCAAAAGGAAUUGUUUUCAGCCAAUUCACAUCGUUCUUGGAUCUGAUACACUACUCCCUCCAAAAGUCCGGCAUUACUUGUGUUCAAUUAGUAGGGUCCAUGUCCAUGAAUGCUAGGGAUGCUGCAAUUACAAGAUUUACUAAUGAUCCAGAUUGCAAAAUCUUCCUUAUGAGCUUGAAAGCUGGAGGUGUUGCUCUGAAUCUUACUGUUGCUUCGCAUGUUUUCUUGAUGGACCCCUGGUGGAAUCCAGCUGUGGAACGACAAGCCCAAGACAGAAUCCAUCGAAUAGGACAAUAUAAACCUAUCAGGAUUGUGAGAUUUGUUAUUGAGAACACGAUUGAGGAAAGGAUUCUGAAGUUGCAGGAGAAGAAAGAACUAGUCUUUGAAGGGACUGUGGGUGGCUCUUCUGAGGCUCUUGGGAAAUUAACAGAGGCAGACUUGAAGUUCCUCUUUGUCACCUAAACAAAAAGAUUAUGCUAAGUAGGAACUGAUAUUCUCCCUCGUAGUUGUAUGUAUGCCUACAAAAUCAAAUGCUUCCUUUAUGUGGUUUAUAUAUUAGUUUUUGUACUUUUGCUGAUUCUGAAUGAUCCCACAAAUGGGAAAGAAAAUGAAAGUUGAAUCUCUGCAUGACCUA